GGGGCCACGGCGGGCAGCGCGGGGUGAGCUCUGCGAGCUGUAGUCUCGGCGCUCCGGGGCUCGGCAGGCGCUCCCGCUGCUGUCUCCGCGCGCAGCCCCCGCCUCCUUCAUAGCGGGCUCGGCCCCGUGCAGCCGGCCGCUGCGGCGAUGUGAACCGGGUCCCGCGGGCGCGGCAGGUUCGCCGCGAUGUGGCUCAAGCCCGAGGAGGUGCUGCUCAAGAACGCGCUGAAGCUCUGGGUGACCCAGAAGAGCAGCUGCUACUUCGUCUUGCAGCGGCGCCGCGGGCACGGCGAGGGGGGCGGCCGCCUCACCGGUCGCCUUGUGGGUGCUCUGGACGCGGUGCUCGAUUCCAGUGCGAGGGUUGCUCCAUUUCGGAUUCUGCUUCAAGUUCCCGGGUCCCAGGUGUAUUCUCCCAUAGCAUGUGGUGCAACGCUGGAGGAAAUCAACCGGCACUGGGACUGGCUGGAGCAGAACCUGCUGCAUACCCUGUCAGUCUUUGACAACAAAGAAGAUAUCGCCAGUUUUGUCAAAGGGAAGGUGAAGGCUCUGAUCGCUGAGGAGACCAGCAGCAGGCUGGCAGAGCAGGAGGAGGAGCCCGAGAAGUUCCGAGAAGCCCUGGUGAAGUUCGAGGCCAGGUUCAAUUUCCCUGAGGCAGAGAAGCUGGUGACCUACUAUUCUUGCUGCUGCUGGAAGGGCCGGGUGCCCCGCCAGGGCUGGCUGUACCUCAGUAUCAACCACCUCUGCUUCUAUUCCUUCUUCCUGGGCAAGGAACUUAAACUUGUGAUUCCCUGGGUGGACAUCCAGAAGCUGGAGCGAACCUCCAAUGUCUUUCUCACAGACACCAUCCGGAUCACUACACAGAAUAAGGAACGAGACUUCUCCACAUUUCUGAACCUGGACGAGGUGUUUAAGAUCAUGGAGCAGCUGGCAGAUGUCACACUCCGGAGGCUGCUGGACAACGAGGUCUUUGAUCUGGACCCUGACCUUCAGGAGCCUAGCCAGAUCACUAAGAGGGAUCUGGAGGCCAGAGCACAGAAUGAGUUCUUCCGGGCUUUCUUCAGGCUGCCAAGGAAGGAGAAGCUGCACGCUGUGGCAGACUGCUCCCUCUGGACACCCUUCAGUCGCUGCCACACAGCCGGCCGAAUAUUCUCCUCUGACAGCUACAUCUGCUUUGCCAGCAGAGAGGACGGCUGCUGUAAUGUUGUACUUCCACUGAGAGAGGUAGUAAGCAUUGAAAAGAUGGAAGACACGAGCCUGCUGCCCAACCCCAUCAUCGUGAGCAUCCGCAGCAAGAUGGCUUUCCAGUUCAUUGAGCUCAAGGACAGAGAGAACUUGGUGGAGGGCCUGCUGUUGAGACUGAAACAGGUCCACGCCAACCACCCUGUGCAUUAUGAGACCUCACCAAGUGAUGAUGACAUGGCUUCACCUGUGUUUUACUCAACAAGCAUCUGCACCGAUAAGUUUGGGGAUCUUGAGAUGGUGUCUUCUCAAAGUAGCAAGGAGAGAGAGGAGAAGAGCCCCCUGCCACACCCCGAGCCCCUGACUGCUGUCUUCCAGCAGUCUGGCAGCCAGAGUCCCGACUCCCACUUGUCCCGGGAGCAGAUAAAAAUCAGUCUGUGGAACGACCACUUUGUAGAGUACGGCAGGACCGUGUGCAUGUUCCGCACUGAAAAGAUCCGGAAGCUGGUGGCCAUGGGGAUCCCCGAGUCUUUACGUGGAAGGCUGUGGCUGCUUUUCUCAGAUGCUGUGACAGACCUGGCCUCACACCCUGGGUACUAUGGAAAUCUGGUGGAGCAGUCGCUGGGACGCUGCUGUCUGGUGACAGAGGAGAUAGAGAGGGACCUGCACCGCUCUCUGCCUGAGCACCCUGCCUUCCAGAAUGAAACUGGUAUUGCUGCCUUGAGGCGGGUGCUGACAGCGUAUGCCCACCGGAACCCCAAGAUUGGAUAUUGCCAGUCCAUGAACAUCCUGACCUCUGUGUUGCUGCUGUAUGCCAAAGAGGAGGAAGCCUUCUGGCUGCUGGUCGCUGUGUGUGAGCGGAUGCUGCCUGAUUACUUCAACCACCGGGUGAUCGGGGCUCAGGUGGACCAGUCUGUAUUUGAGGAGCUCAUCAAGGAGCACCUCCCAGAGUUGGCAGAGCACAUGAGCGACCUCUCAGCGUUGGCGUCCAUCUCCCUAUCCUGGUUCCUGACUCUGUUUCUCAGCAUCAUGCCUCUGGAGAGUGCUGUGAAUGUUGUCGAUUGCUUCUUCUACGAUGGGAUCAAGGCCAUCUUCCAGCUGGGCCUGGCUGUGCUGGAAGCCAACGCAGAGGAACUGUGCAGUAGCAGAGAUGACGGACAGGCCCUGAUGAUCCUCAGCAGGUUUCUAGAUCACAUUAAGAAUGAAGACAGCCCGGGGCCCCCCAUUGGCAGCCACCAUGCCUUUUUCUCUGAUGACCAGGAGCCCUAUCCUGUGACCGACAUUGCUGACCUGAUCCGGGACUCCUAUGAGAAAUUUGGAAACCAGUCUGUGGAGCAGAUUGAGCAUCUACGCUGCAAGCACAGGAUCAGGGUCCUGCAAGGACAUGAGGACACCACCAAGCAGAAUGUGCUCCGUGUCGUUAUCCCAGAAGUCUCCAUUCUUCCUGAAGACCUUGAGGAACUCUAUGACUUAUUCAAGAGAGCACACAUGAUGAGCUGUUACUGGGAGCACCACAGGCCCAUAGCCCUGCGCCAUGAUCCCAGCAGGCCCUAUGCUGAACAGUACCGCAUCGAUGCCCGGCAGUUUGCACACCUAUUCCAGUUGGUAUCACCAUGGACCUGCGGGGCCCAUACAGAGAUCCUCGCUGAGAGGAUCUUCAGGCUUCUGGAUGACAAUGUGGACCAGCUCAUAGAAUUCAAAGCCUUCAUAAGCUGUCUGGACAUUAUGUACAAUGGAGAAAUGAAUGAGAAGAUUAAGCUGCUAUACAGGCUUCAUAUCCCCCCAGCACUCACUGAAAAUGACAGAGAUAGCCAGUCACCACUGAAGAACCCUCUGUUGUCAACCUCAAGGCCCCUGGUAUUGGGCAAACCCAAUGGUGAUACAAUUGAUUAUCAGAAACAACUGAAGCAGAUGAUUAAGGAUUUAGCCAAAGAAAAGGAUAAAACAGAGAAAGAGUUGCCCAAAAUGAGUCAGAGAGAAUUUAUCCAGUUCUGUAAAACUCUGUAUAGUAUGUUCCAUGAAGAUCCAGAGGAAAAUGAUCUGUAUCAAGCCAUUGCCACAGUAACCACUCUGCUGCUGCAGAUCGGAGAAGUAGGCCAGCGAGGUAGCAGUUCAGGAAGCUGCUCCCAAGAAUGUGAGGAGCCGCAGGCUUCGGCUCCUCCUGAACAGGACUCAGUUUUUGCUGAGGCUGGGAAGAGUCCACAGGCCUUCCCUGAGACUGAAGGGGACUGGACUGUGUCCCUUGAACACAUCUUGGCUUCCCUUCUCACUGAGCAGUCACUGGUGAAUUUUUUUGAAAAGCCACUCAACAUUAAAUCCAAACUUGAAAAUGCAAAGGUCAAUCAGUACAGUCUCAAAGUUUUGGAAAUGAGCCACCCACCACAGCCAGAACUGAAGCUGAAUAAUAACCUGUAGCCUGUAAGCUGCUGGAGAACACACUGGAACCGACCACACCAAAGCAAGGAUUGUCAACCUACAACCAGGGAACUCCACAAACUUGAGUCUGGAUAACCAACCUCAGUCACGGCUGAGUGAAUUGCCGCAGGUCUCACACAUUUCUAUUUAUUCUCAAGAGGACAGACCAGUGGUGGAAUGCCCUGUUUACACUGUGACUAUCAACUUUGCUGAAACCAGUGUUUCUGUUUGUGAUCCUGAUAUGAGUCUGCCCUUUGAUGAAGAAAAAGAUGCCACCGUAACUAAGAGACAUCAACCCCCAGGCUCAUUUUUCCACUGGUCAAAAAACAAGCUCACCUCCAAGACCCCAGAACCAUUGCCUGCACAAUUGUAUUCGGCUUUUUUGCACUAAUUUUGUUUCAAUGCUGGUAAUUGAAACCAUUUAAUAUAUCUCAUAUUCACUUUAUAUGCCCUUCCAAAAACAUGUACAAACCAUGCCUUCAAUGUUGGUCCCCAAGGUUUUUAAUAAAAAUCAUUCUUUUUGUACUGACUUUUAAAAAA